AUGCAACCCAUGAUGUCUGUGAUAAGUAUUCCACUUAUACAAAAAGAAAUCCUUCAACCACACCAACUACAUGAGCAAUUGUCUUUGUUCGAAGCUCAAAUGGUUGAAUCAGCCAUAGUUUCUAUGCUCAGUGAGUCAUUCUGCAAAAAUGAGCAAACCUUGAAAUAUUUGGCACGGUUACUUUCACCAAUGUCAUAUCUGGAUAUUAUCAAUGCUAGGUCCGGGAAUAAAAUAUGUGGAUACCCGUUAUGUCAUGAAAGGAUAUCAGAAAACCUCUCUGAUGGUCUCCUUACCUACUCGAUAUAUUGCAGCAAAUUUCAUAGUAAAUGCUCGUUGUACUUGAUAAGACAAUUACCACAAAUACCUUUGAAUGAAAGAUCAGGGGUGCACUCAACUAGCUACUACAAUCCAAGCUUCAAUGAUGUUUAUAAUGUUGAUCUUUUGGAAGAGUUGAUUAGAAAUAGGAUAUCUACAGCUACGGUUACAUCACUGACUGCAGAUUUCGAGUGUCUUGAAGUUGACGAUAUCCACAAAGAUGAGACUACAUUACUAGAUGAAUAUUCUGUGCAAGUGACUACUGAAAAGAACUCAUGUAUGAAAUACUAG